AUGCUCUUCUUGGUGCUUCCUUGCCUUGUGGCAGCCGACCCCCAGUCCCUCCGUGGCUCCGUCGAUGACGUGGCUUGCACUGGCAGCGGGGGCUUGUCUCAGGACGCCCCUUCUUGCUACGGAGGCCAGGUGCUUGUCGAGAGCUUCUCGCUUCACGUCCUGAGCUAUGACGGCUCCACAGGUAUUGUGGACAUGAAAGCCGAGGGUCCCCAGACGGCCGAGUGCGAGGGCGCAGAGUUCCAAAACGAUGACAAUGCCAUUACCAUCGAGAACGAUCAUGGAUGUGGAUUGGCCAACUACGAGUACUCCGUCAGGUAUUGCCCAGACCAGGAUCAUGUCAUUAUCAACCUUGUGAAGCCCUAUGACAUGCGCGUGGUGCUGCAGAGCCAGACAUGCCCCAGCGGAGCCGGAGAGGUUCCUCUUUCAAAGUUCUGGGGUAGAGAGGGGGGCUCAGGGUGUUGUGCUUUGGCAUCGUCAUAUCGUGAUAGCUUUGCCGCUUCUUCGCGCUUAGCUUUCGGGCUACAGAUUGGAAGGAGCGUAGCAACAGCAGGAAGGGCAGCUUUGAUUUGA